CAAACACCUCCGAUACCGUUCGAGCAAAUCUUCUCCGAUGAGGCUUCAAUUCGUUUUACUGGUCUCGGAAAUACUUCAUCCUGCUGUCAUUUCCUCCAUGUCGCCUUCGGAGACCGACUUACCAGCACUUUCGCUCCGCGCCCAUUAUUAUAAUGGCAUUGUCGCUCCAAAAUGGCCUCUCUGUCGUGGUCAUCUCUCCAAGCUGAGGGUCUGACCUUUCACAUUCAUAUGCUUGUUCCAUUUAUUCUACUCUCUCAAUGAUUGGCCCCAUGGCGAGCACUCCUCUGCCGAAGAGCUCCAUGCAUGAUUUCACAUUCCCAGACUUUCUUGGACCAGCUCGAAUUCCCAUUCGCGACCCCGAGAGUGGCCGGACCGAAGAAUGGUUAAUCCCUAAGGGAGUAUAUACUCCCCGCCAGCUAGUCCGCAGCUUCGCGCCACUGCUGGACACGGUCGUACAUCAUCUCGGCCCCGAUCCGCCAAAUUCAACGCCCGCGCGCACGGCGCUACUUGACAAUAUUGCCGCCAAUCUAGCCACAGAUACUCGAGAGACCUCACUCCCUUUAUCCAAUAACCUCACAGAUAUCAGCCGCCGUGAGAUUAAAGAGCAAGCUCGCCGGGUGGGCCAGACACUGGUCCACUGGGCACGUGGAUAUAGCAAGGAGCCAUAUGACCCAGACCUUUGGCUGCGCAGCCGCUGCGAUGGCCACCUUCUCCUCCCAGACAAUGUGGCAUUGCUUUUUGGCCGUCGCAGUCAGCCACAUCUCAUGCAACUGUUCAAUGAAUACAUGCACCAAAUGAUACUUCUGCGCGAUGCGCUACUUCCCUUCCAGAAUUUCGAAGUCGUGCCCAUCCCAAUUGACGGCGACGCACGCGGCCUGCGACAUCUUGAAACCGCGCGAGAAAGGUUCCUCACCACAGUGUUCACCAGGCAUAUCACACAUUCGUCAGUCGUCGCACUGGCCCGUGCAGUGCUUGCCCCAGACCUUCCAACCACAAAGACGGGCGGAUACGGCUUCCAGUACAAACACGGCCUCAUUAUCCCUGCCGUACUCGCAGGCGGGGCAAUCCCCUAUCACUUGCUACGCUAUGUACCCUCCAAGAUCGAUCCCUCGACACCAGAAAUUCUCUUUGACUACCAAUUCCCAGAUUACUAUGAAGCCCCGCGUGUGGAAAUUCCACCAGGAGAUUCCACGCACUUAUUCGGGUACCCGAUAGAUCUCCCGGGCAAAGAAGACGAGCUAAAAUCAGCCGGAGUCCAGCUCCAACCAAAGACCACGUCUUCUCCUGUUCGUGGCCUAGAGCUGCGGCUAAAGUUUACGAAUGGCAGCUCAGCGGGGGUAGACGUUGGCCAAAUCGCCCGCGGACUCCGAUACUCGUUUGAAGCACCGGAGGAAACACCUGAACACAUGACAAACCACAUAGCGACCGUCCACUCCGCAUCGGAAAUUCUCGUACAGUCCCGGUCGGCGCUCGCCACAGCCAGGCUUGGGGGGUUCCAUGUUAUCCCUGUCGAUGAUCCAACCAUUGCCCUCGCCCUUUUGGGAAAGCUAUAUCCGGGAAAUGUCGUGCUCCUACCAAACGACGAGCAACUAGGACAGACCAAUGACGCGGGGAAGGAGAUCGAACCGAAGUUUGUGAUCUGGGGCGGGUUCAAGAGAGGGGGGCUGAAGGGGGUGUUUUGACCGGUAGCGAAGUUUGCAUACUUCCGUUUAUCUCACUUUCUAUAUUUCACUUUUUUUCCCUUCAUUCUGAUUCCCUAGUAUAUACCACAUUUGUUAGAAUUACGAUCAUGAGACUUACAUACAUAAUACACCUAUACCAAAC